ACGGAAACAGUGUUCGGUUUGUUGUUGUUUUUUUGUGUGAAUUUGCCACAAUGUCCGGAUCAUCUAAUGUUAACGCGAUGAAAAAGGUCGUGCAGCAGCUUCGAUUCGAGGCGAAUAUCAACAGGGUGAAGGUGUCUCAGGCGGCGGCUGAGCUCCAGCAGUUCUGUAUGCAGAAUGCACUCCAGGAUCCUCUGCUCACCGGCGUGUCCUCCAGCACCAACCCGUUCAGGACACAAAAGCUCUGUUCGUUUGUCUGACGCUUCCUGCCACUGGUCUCGUUUCCUGUGACAUUUUUGGCUAAAUAAAUGACGAAACCGUAGAUGACCAAUUAAUAACCAGUUACGACUCAAUGCAACCCACGUUCUCAAACAAAGCAAGGAUAACAUUCAAUUCCACUCAAACAAAAUCCAUUUGCACUGAAUUUCCUUCUCGUUUCGGGGAGCAUAAAUGCACCCCCGAAAUCGGCAUUAACUGUAGAAACGUGACAGAAAAUGGGUUGUUGUUUUUUUUUCUUCUCAUAAAGUGUCAUAAAUAAUUGUAUGUGGGUCACAAAUGUUUAGCCAUGCUUGGGGCUUAAAAUGAACUUCUGUCAACAGACUCGACAAAAGACUUUUUUAUACAUCACGAGGCAAAGAAGCAGUGAAAGCUCUAAUUUAUUGUGCCUUUGUUUUUUAAAUCGUGCACUCAUUUUCUACGCCCUGCCUUCUGUCUGCCGUUUUUUGUACUGAAUAAAACCAUUGAUUUGUACACAA